CGCAAAUUGAGCAGAGCACAGAAUCGGGUUUGUCUGCAGCCUGCAAUGAAGGGAGCUAAAAACCCAGAGAGGGAAUCAGAGUGCUCUUAUGAGGAGAAUACCUAUGCCAAUAUGGGUGAUUUUCAUUUAAAAAGGGUGAAGAAUGCACCAAAAGCCGAAGAGAUUCCGGCUGCCAAGAAUACACAGCCCCGGGUGAUCCUGAUCCUGGGGGUCCUCCUAAUAUUGGCCUUCAUAACUUUGGUCAUCCUCACGACUUUCCUGUUUAUUUCCUAUAAAAGUGUUGGUGAGGAAAUGUCACAGAUGAGGAAUGGUUCUCUUUCCAGUGAAGUUCAGAGCAUUCGGGGAGCUGUGAGGAACCUGGAACAAGUCCAGACAACAAGCAAUUCCGACGUGAAGCGUAAUUUGACAAAUGAAAUCACUGCUUAUUUUUCCAGCGACAUUCAGCGGAUUUUGGGAUUUUUGGGGAAAGUGGCAGAAGAUCUCCAGAAAAUGAAAAGCUCCUCUGAUCCAUUAUGCAGUGAGGGAUGGAUAAAUUAUGGACUCAGCUGUUACUACUUGUCUUCCAAUGGGAAAACAUGGAACGCCUCCAAAAAAGACUGUGAGGACAGGCAGGCCCACCUGGUGGUCAUUAAUGGCAAGGAAGAGAUGGAUUUUCUGCGUAGGAUUGCAAACCAACACUACUUGUGGAUCGGCCUAACGGAUGCGGAUGGAACCUGGAGAUGGGUGGAUGGAACUCCUUAUGACGUAACUCCAAAGUUCUGGGAGAAUAAUCAGCCCGAUGAUUGGAUGGGUCAUGGUCUUGGAGGAGGGGAAGACUGUGCUCAGUUAAAGGAUGGAGUUAAGUGGAAUGAUCUUCACUGUUCAAAGACCUUACGUUACAUCUGUGAGAAGAAGAUGAUCUUCUGAUAUGGACUGAUGGUCACCAGAGGACACCUGAUAUCUCUGUCUACCUUUGCUCCUCCUCCAUCAUACUACAGCCAUAUAGCAUCUACUACUAUAUAAAAUAAUGCUUCAGAAUAUGCUGGGACUUGUUGUUCUUCUAGAAUGGGAGGAUCUCAUCUGCAGUUUUCAACUUGAACUCCAGCCCUGUUUUUAGUCUUUCACAGUUCUAUAGGCUCCUGUAUUUCAUCACAAUGUGCAUUAGAAGCUACAAAGAGAGGGAGCUGCGGUGGCUCAA